GUCUCUACCUUUUUUACUCUCCAUCCAUCCUCUCUUCUCCAUUCCUACCAAACAUAGCUUAAGGCUUUAAAAGAGAAUAAUUUUUGGAAGGGGAUGAGGGAAUGAGGACAGUUUGGUAAGUAGGCCUCAACCCAACCUAGAUUUGGAGUUCCCUCUUCUUGGGUUGACUCUCUCUCUCUCUUUCUCUCUUGAAAGACCUUUACUUUAAAAUACUUUUCUUUGUCCCAAAAAAAACUUUUUGUUUGAUUUUAGGAAAUUAAUUUUUGUUACCCAGUGAUUAAUUUAAUGCUCCUUCCCCCAUUACUGUUCACCUCAAAUUUGCUUUCCCUUUACUGUUUCUCUCUCUCUGGUUUCCUCCAUUGCAAACCAAGCUUCCUUUCCAGCUUGUUCAGGUCCCUCUCUCAUUCACACAGACAAAAUACCCACCAACCAUUUAACCCACCUUUUCUUUUUGUCUCUCUAAAUCCACCCUUUUAUUCAUAUAUUUAAUCUCUUUCUCUCUCUCUCUCUCUCUCUCUCUCUCUCUUUCCCACAUCUUCUUUCUACAUUUUCUCAUCAAAGAUUACAUUUUUGUCUGGCCUUACUUAACCUCUCUUCUCUUCUCUUUCUUUUCUUUUUUUUAAUUUAUAUAUAUAUAUAUUUAUUGUUUAAUAUCAUUCUCUUCUGAAUUGGUUUUGGCCCACUUGAGGCCAGAACCCCUACUUGUAAACUACUCAUCUGGGACUCUUGCCUUUUGAGGCAUCUGGGUUUUGGUGGGUUUCUAUUACUUCAGGUCUACAUUGGCCUAUCUAUGCUUAUUGAGUCUUUUUUGGUUCAAGAAGAAGCUCUUCCUUUAAUUCUCUGGGUUCUCAAGGAAGAAGAUCAAGGUGGUUAGCUUAGAUCAAAAUACUAUUCAAAGGUGGAAAUGUGUUGAGUUCUUUGGACCUGGUACUUAGAACACCUAAUUGGGCUCUGUGUUUCAAUAUCAAGGGUAUCUAUCAGCUAUGGCGUCUGGGGAUUCUUUGAAUGCAGAAUUGUCAAAGAAGACAUCACUUUUCGGUUUAAAAUUAUGGGUUUUGAUAGGCAUUUGUGUUGGAGCAUUUAUUGUUUUGAUCCUUUGUUUCCUUUCCAUAUGGGUUACAUUUCGGCGAAAAUCUAGGAGAUCACUGGACAAGUUUUCACUCAGCCAAAUUCCAAAUAUCUCCAAAGAUAUCAAGGUUGAUAGGAUUGGGGCCGAGAGUACGAAUGAUCGACAGGAUAGUUUGUUUGUGACAGUUCAUGAUAAACCAAGUGAUAAGAAUUCAGAGAAGAUGUUAGUUCACUUAGGGAUGAGCAAAACAAGUGAUACUGAUAACAUGAGUCAAUGCAGCUCGGUUUAUCAUCAUGAUAGAGCAUGUAGCUCGCAAUCAGGGGAAGAAGGAAGCUCUGGAGGUGUCCGCAAGCAGCAGCACUCAUCAACUUAUGGAGGCAUUGUUACAGCUUCUCCUUUAAUUGGCUUGCCAGAAGUUUCACACCUCGGGUGGGGCCAUUGGUUUACCCUUAGGGACCUCGAAUUCGCAACAAAUCGCUUCUCUGCAGACAAUGUGCUCGGUGAGGGUGGAUAUGGGGUUGUUUACAAGGGCAAACUUAUAAACGGAACUGAAGUAGCUGUGAAAAAGCUUCUUAACAAUCUGGGACAGGCAGAGAAAGAAUUUAGAGUUGAAGUGGAAGCGAUAGGGCAUGUACGACAUAAGAAUCUAGUGCGUCUCCUUGGCUAUUGCAUAGAAGGAGUUCACAGGAUGUUGGUUUAUGAAUAUGUGAACAAUGGAAACCUUGAACAAUGGCUACAUGGCGCCAUGCGCAAUCAUGGUACCCUUACUUGGGAAGCUCGCAUAAAAGUGAUUCUUGGUACUGCAAAGGCAUUGGCUUAUUUACAUGAAGCAAUAGAACCCAAAGUUAUUCACAGAGACAUUAAAUCAAGCAACAUUUUGAUUGAUGAUGAGUUCAAUGCAAAGGUUUCUGAUUUUGGAUUAGCAAAACUCUUGGAUUCGGGAGAGAGUCACAUCACAACUAGAGUAAUGGGAACAUUCGGUUAUGUGGCACCAGAGUAUGCUAAUACUGGCUUGUUAAAUGAGAAAAGCGACAUUUACAGCUUCGGUGUCCUUCUACUUGAAUCAGUUACUGGUAGGGAUCCUGUGGACUAUGGGCGAGCUGCUAAUGAGGUUAAUCUUGUGGAGUGGUUAAAGGUAAUGGUGGGUACAAGAAGAGCUGAGGAGGUUGUAGAUCCAUUCCUAGAAGUUAAACCAACGACACGUGCUUUAAAACACGCUCUUCUAGUCGCCCUUAGAUGUGUUGAUCCUGAUUCAGAAAAGAGGCCAAAAAUGAGUCAUGUUGUACGAAUGCUAGAAACCGAUGACUACCCAUUUCGUGAGGAACGAAGAAACAGAAAGAGCCGAACAACGAGCAUGGAAAUCGAAUCAACAAGGGAAAUAUCGGGUUCAUCUGAAAUACCAACAAAAUCAGGUGGGGAUUCAGGAAGCCAAGUAUCUGAAACAACUCACAGAUAGGAUUGACUGACCAACAACAACAACACAUCAUCUCUACCAGAGUAAAAACAACAAAUCUUUCACUAGCUCAUUAAACUACAAUAUAUACAUAUAUAAAGCUCAUUUGGGUCAUGAAUCAUUAGCUGUUGUUACAGUUGUUGCCUUCUCAGGCAUGUGUUUUGGUUCAUUCAAGAAAACAAGAGAUAGAUGCUCCCAAAGUUCCCCCACAAGAGUCCCCAACCCCAAAAAAUUUGGGGUCUACAGAGACAUAGAUAGAGACAACAAAAAAAGAGGCUCUUGUUGUACAGACUUGUCUUUGGAACAGUGGCUUGUCUAUUUCAUUAUCAUAUAUACAUAAUUAUAUAUAAAUAUCUUUUUCUUUCUUUUUUUUUUUAACUGAUUUUUCUUUGGAUUACUGUACUUGGGAUUCAGAAAAAGUAUUAAAUUGGUUUCAUUUCUUUUCCCUGUCUCAA